AAUCCUGGCUCGACUGCCUGUCAUUUCAGACAGACGCUUUCUCCGAAUAGAUCUCUUCCCUUUUUACUGAUUGCAGAAUUUGAGAGAACAUAGAUUUGAAGAGAAUGGAGGAGCAACAGCAGCAGAGACACGAUGAUGCGCUCCUGGAGCGCGCAGGGAGCCAGGACGUUAUCCUCCCAAUAACAACCAACAACACAAGGGCCUCUAACAGCCAUGCUUUUAAGGUAGCAGGGCUCACAGUGCUGGCGUGUCUUCUCCUAGCCGGCCAGGCCCUCACAGCCUACCUGGUCUUCAACCAGAGGGACCAGAUCCAUGGCAUGCAGAAGAGCAACGACAACAUGCGCAAGCAGCUGAGAAACAGACCACCGGCUGUGGCCCCUGUCAAGAUGCAGACACCCAUGCUCAACAUGGCCCGGCUGAUCGACUUCACCGAUGAGGACGUCAAGACUCCCAUGACGAACCUGGAGGCCACUGCAGUUGCAAUUGUGAGCCUGGAGGAGCAAGUGAAGAAUCUGCUGCAGAACCCCCAGCUGCCCCAGUUCAACGAGACGUUCCUUGCCAACCUGCAGAGCCUGAAGAAACAGGUGGAGGAGACUGAGUGGGAGGGCUUUGAGACCUGGGCGCGUUAUUGGCUGCUCUUCCAGAUGGCCCAGGAGAAGCCCCCUGUUCUCCCCACACCUCAGCCAGUACCCCAUCAGAGGAGGGCAUCUUACCCCAGGAUGAUGCAGAUGAAGGAGUACAAGAAUGAGUAAACCACAGCUCAACCACAGCACCUGAUGGCCUUCUUCACCAAGUGUCCUCUCCUAUAUCUCACCCCUCCCCUCAAAAAAAAAAAAAAUACACACCAUUUUCCUUCUGUCUCUCACUCUUCCUUUAUCAUCAUAUAGCUAAGUUACCUGGAAGGCAAACCGAUCAAUGUUCUCUUUUGAUUUCUGGAUGAUUUGCCUUUGGACAGCAUAUAAGGCUUAAACUAUUCAAAUGUUAUCUUGUGAGCUCAGCUAUGUUAAGCAUUGCUAGAGAUAUACAUAUGAAGUGUAUGUUACAUUUUACUCCAUGCGCACAACACCCAAACUUUCCCAUCCCCAAACCCUGACCCUACUCCUGUCAAUAUUUACCCCUAGUCCCUUACCUUGGUCCUCCAAACAUACCCCUCUAAUGGGGGCUAGCCCCACCUAUUUUUUUUCAUCUGCCUCUCCCCAUAGAUUGCCAUAGGGCUUUGUUUGAAAGGCUUACUGUCUAUAUAAUAUAACAUAGAUUAACAUCUAUUUGUCCAUCUCUUUAAUGCAUGCUUUUACUAUUAUGAAUGAGGAUCUGGGGAAGUGAUUCUACCAAGAGAUGUGAACCAGACAGAAUUAAUAAAGUAUGUUGUUUCCUACUGGAA